AUGGGGCGCUGCGUGCUGACCAGGCUGCUAUGGGCGGCGUGCGUGGCGGCGCUGGUGUGUGCUGAGGGCGAGGACGAUAGCCUGGCGGGCGGGGAGCUCUCCUGGUCCACUCAGCGCUACAAGAUCGAGGGUCGGGUCGUGCGGCCAGACUCCUCCCUAGUCACCCCCGCGGAGUGGUUCGCCAGCACCAAGGUCUUCACCAACAGCGGCCACUACGGCUUCCUCAGAGAGGACGGGACGUUCAUCAUCAACAAUCUGCCUUCGGGGUCCUAUGUGGUGCAGGUGAUGAAUCCCACCUUCGUGUACGAACCGGUGCGUGUCGACAUUAACUCCAAGGGCAAGAUCAGGGCACGGGCCGUCAACCACAUCCAGCCCUCCAAUGUGGUGCAGAUGCCACACCCGCUGCGGAUGAAGAGUCUUGGGCCGUACCGUUACUUCCUUCAGCGCGAGCAGUGGCGGCUCACCGACACACUCAUGAACCCAAUGGUGCUAAUGACGGUGCUGCCGCUGGUGCUCAUGAUGAUCCUGCCGCGCCUCAACGACCCAGAGACCCGCAAGGAGAUGGAGCAGAUACAGAUGCCGAAGAUGGACACCCCUGAGCUGUCGGAGAUCAUGACUAACAUCUUUGGGGGUGGCAGCAGCUCCUCCAGCCAGGGCCAGUGCCAGUCCUCCCAGCCCAAGAUGAGGUCGCGUGCCAAUAAACGAAAGGACAAGUCAUAG